AUGUGGUUGAAGAUCCUCGUGCUAGCGUCGCUUGCUGCGCUAUCAGCAGCUAGUGAGUCAAGAAGCAAGGAAGAGCUUCGACAAGUUGAUCAUCCUCCAGUCGUCGAGGAUCAACAACCUGACGUCCCUGUUAACUCGUUGCCCCAGUCUUCGGGUAAACCUAGAACUGACUUGGAUAUAUCGUUUUAUCAUGGUUUCCUCGCUUCAUUAUCCGUCAUCAUUGUUUCGGAACUGGGCGACAAAACAUGGUUUAUAGCAGUAAUCAUGGCAAUGCGACAUUCAAGGCUUACCGUGUUUUCUGGCGCAAUGGGAGCUCUUGCUCUCAUGACUGUGCUUUCAGCAUGUCUCGGCUGGGUAACACAGCUUAUUCCACGUAUGGUGACAUAUUAUGUUUCGACGGCGCUUUUCGCUCUUUUUGGGCUGAAAAUGCUCCAUGAAGGUUACCAUAUGUCAGCCAGUGAAGGACAAGAAGAGUUUGAAGAAGCUCAGGCAGAGGUGGCCAAACGGGAAAUGGAUUUGGAUGCUGGAAAGUUUGUAGACAUGGAAGCUGGAAACGCUCAAAACAACAGUAGUUCUUCAUCUGCAUGGCUCAUUUUCUCAUCGAAGCGUUCACGAUGA